AUGGCUGAGCGCGGUAUAGCUGUCACUGCUAACGCGUACAUAUACAAGUCGGCCUUCGAUAUGCGCGCCACACUCCUGUCCCUCCUCCCCUUUGCUCUCGCAGCCCCGACCAUACUCCACCGACAAGCCACGAAACCCAUAUACUGGCUCCUAGCCGGCGAUUCAACAACCGCCACGAAUGGCGGCUGGGGCGACGCGUUCCUCUCCACAACCGUCGCGAGCAGCUCUUCAGGCCAUAAUUAUGGGCACAGCGGCGCGACAACAAGAUCAUUCCGAGCUGGCGGCGACUGGGCCAAUGUGACCAGAGACAUUGGCACGUACAAAGACGACUACAGGGUCUACGUGACGAUCCAGUUCGGCCACAACGACCAAAAGCCCACCUCUGGCGUCUCCCUAGCAGACUACCGCACCAACCUCGCAACCUUCGCCUCUGAAGUCACGCAAGCAGGCGCAACGCCCAUACUCCUCUCUCCGCUCACGCGUCGCACAUUCAACACAACUACCAACCGCGUUAUCGAGAACCUGUCGAAUGAGACGGCCAUCACACUCGAUGUAGCCGAGGCCAAUGACUUGCACGUCGUAGAUCUGAACAAAGCGUCCACGGCGUAUGUGAAUGCAAUUGGACAGAAGGGCGCGGAUACGUAUAACUGGGGUGAGAAUGGUACGACAGGGAAUGAUCGCACGCAUUUGAAUCCGUGGGGUGAGGUGGUGUUUGCAAGGAUGGUGAGUGAUUUGUUGGUGGAGAAGUAUGGAGAGGAAAUUGAGGAGUGGACGGUGAGGAAUGAGACAUUGAGUGCGCUGAUUAAAGAAGGGAAAGUGGCUUAG